AUGCGUGAAAUCAACGCGUUAAGCUCCCAAAUUGAAGAAAGUGAAUAUUAUGUCCGAGAUGUACUUAUAAAAUACAUCCAAGAUAAAUCUGUUUUAAAAGAAGUACUCAAUGCUGUGACCUUUCAUAAACGUCUUCUGGAAGACAUAGAAAAACGCUCUAAUGAUUUAACCAAUGAGCACUGGAUACAACAAGUUGAAAACUACAAAAACAAAGAGAAAACGCUUGAAUCCUCAAUGAAUUCAAUAAUUCAUCAAAAUCGUGAAUUACUUGAAGAGAAUGAACUUUUAACCCGUAAAAAUGAGAAAUUAAGUGCGGCUAUGUUGUGUUUACAAGAAUCCGGUGGAAAUACUCUGAAUAAAACCCAAACAUCCUCAAAGUGUAUUCUUGAAGAUCUCAGUAAAAACAAUGAUAGACUGAGGCAAAAAGUUAACGGAAUUAUGAGUCAAGUUGGAAGUAUGGAAGAAACAGUGAAGAAGUUUCAAAAAAAGUGUCAAUUUCUGCAACAACAGUUGAAUAAUUCCAAUAAUCAACUGCAUAAUACAAAAGCGUUUUUUGAGAAAAGUAAAAUUGAGUACGAAAUGCACGUCGCCAAGUUGUCUAAUGAAUUGCACAGCGUCAGCAGUAUAGUCAAAGAUUCCACAGAUCAAAGUAACAUUAUAAUGCAGGAUUUGGAAAUGCUUAAAAUGCAACUGCAACCCAUCGCGACGUCCAUCAACUGGGAUAAAUUUCGAAAAUGUGUGAGGCCUUUGCCUGAAAUGAUAAACAUUCAUCGAACUUGCAUUAAUGAAUUGAGUAGUGCAUUGAUUUAUAAACAGAAAGAAUUGAAUUUGGCAUCAUCUGAAAAUGAAACUUUAAAACUUUCAAGUUCCAAUCAUGAACCUCUUAAAGAUAGAAUACAACAACUUUGUUCACAAUUAGAAGAAUCUCUUAAGGAAGAAAAGUCUUUAAAAGAAGAUAUAGAUUCAUUAAAACAUGAAAUAUUAACAAAGGAACAAAAUAUUGAAUCAUUACAAUCAGUAAUUGCUGAUAAAGACAAUGAAAUCGAUGUUAAAGUAAAUUUACUUAAUGAAAGUGCUGAUAAAAUCAAUGAAUUAAACGAUCAGUUAGCAAAUGCUAAGACAGAAUACAAUCAGCUAUUGUUCAACACUGAGAAAUAUCGACACGAAAACAAUGCUCUUCACAUGCAGGUCAAAGGCAUGGCGCAGGUGUUAACUGCGACUGGAGCUGGUGAUAUUGCGAAAGAAUUGGCAAAUUCACAAGAGAAGUUAACAGCCAUACAGACGCAAUUUUUGCUGUAA